AUGGAUGAAACAGUUUCGGCGUCUCUGUUUAUUUUCCAAAACUUCUUUCGCUUUGUUACCACUCUAAGUCUCUUCCCCUUGGCAAUUUGCCAAAGGAAGGUGUCUUUUAAUCGCAACGCUUAUUUUUUACACAUUUCCCUACUGCUCUUUCAGUUUGUGCUUGUGGCCCACCUCGCGCUGAAACACAUUUACUAUGGACUCACUGGGAUUUUCUUUUCAAUCGUAGGCCAGAGGCUCUGCGUUCCAGUCAUAACUGGAGGCAUUGGCGCCGGAAAAUCGACUCUCGGCCACUACUUUGCGUCCAAUGGUUUUCUCGUCAUCGACAGCGACUCGAUCAACAGACAGCUGAUGGUCCCGGGGACGUUUGCGUACGAGAGUUUGAUUCACAAGUUUGGACUCGGCAUAGUGCUGCCGAGCGGCGAGAUCGACAGGGCGGCCCUGCGGGAGAUUGUCUUUAACGACGACGCCAAGAGGAAGAUGCUAAACCGGUGUCUGCACAAGUACAUCAUCUACCAAAUCAUCUGGGAGGUUUUUAGACACCGGAUCCUCUCGUGGAAUGAUCGCAUUGUGAUUGAGGUGCCGCUGCUGUACGACACGCCGCUAUCGUGGAUUUGCGGUCCGAUUAUCGUUUGCGUGGCAAGUGUGGACACGAGGGUGAGUCGCUGUCAGACACGCAACGCCGAUCUAUCGAGGAACAUCAUCCUCAACAUCAUCAAGUCACAGCCAACCAACGAGAAGCUGAUCGCUUGGGGAGACUUUGUCAUUGAGAAUGAGUCGAGCAUUGAGGAAUACCACAAACGCGCCCAGGAGCUGCUGGAUUUUUUGUAA